CUCCCCGAGGGCAGGAGGUGAAGAACCUCCUUGCCUCUAGCUGCUCGCCAGCCUACCAGUCCCAAGCUUCCCGCCAGUCCACUGGCCCCCGGACAGCGGGUACCGGAGGGGUGGGGCGGCGGCGGCAGCGGCGGCGAGGCCAUGGAGAGCCCGGUGGAGAACCCUAGCAAGGCGGCGGAGUAUCUGAAGGAGCUGAACCGAAUCAUCGAGGCGCAGCAGGAGCUGCUGGAGCGGCAGCGGCGGCGGAUCGAGGAGCUGGAGCAGCAAGUGGCGCGGCUGUACCGGGAAAACGCCUGCCUGCAGGACGAGCACCAGCGGCACCUGGCCUCCUGCCGCCUCGGGGCCACUGCACAGCUUGGACCCCCUUCAGCGCAUCCUCCUGCGCCGCCCCUCGGGGCCAUCCUGGAGAACGUCCGUCACGAAAAGUCUGAAGGAGAAGGCCCACGGAGUGUCAGAGUGACCUCUACCCUACCUCCGGUCUAUCAUAACAAGACAGAAAAAGAGCAAGAGAGAGAAGGGGAAAAAAAACACCCCCCAUACAGGAUGGCUUGUAGAAGGUGUUACUUGAGCUCCCUGGAAACCAGAAGCAACCUCUCCACUGAUCACUACAGCGUUGAGGGAGAAGCCCCAGGGAGUGAGACUGGCACCUCUUUGGACAGCCCCUCAAACUACCACCAAGGUCCGAUAACGCACAGCUCCACCCUGAGCCCUGACCACUACGACCACUCUGCGUAUGGGCUGUACUCGGUCUCCCCUGGGCAGCCACAACGCUCCCGGAGGCCCAAGCUCCAGCAUUCCACCUCCAUCCUCCGUAAGCAGGCAGAAGAGGAGGCCAUCAAGCGGUCAAGGUCUCUUUCCGAAAGCUAUGAACUCUCCUCAGACCUACAGGACAAGCAGGUGGAAAUGCUAGAACGGAAAUAUGGGGGCCGUCUCAUAACCCGCCAUGCAGCACGAACCAUCCAGACAGCUUUCCGCCAAUACCAAAUGAACAAGAACUUUGAGCGACUCCGGAGUUCUAUGUCAGAAAAUCGUAUGUCACGACGCAUCGUGCUGUCCAAUAUGAGAAUGCAGUUUUCCUUUGAAGGACCAGAGAAAGUCCACAGCUCCUACUUUGAAGGGAAACAGGUCUCUGUGACAAAUGAUGGCGCCAAACUUGGGUCUCUGGUCCAGUCUGAUUGUGGCGACAUUGUGGAACCAGCAACAAUGAAGUCUCCGGCUGCCUCCAGUGACUUUGCCGAUGCCAUCACGGAGUUAGAAGAUGCCUUUUCCAGGCAAGUGAAGUCCCUUGCCGAGUCCAUUGAUGAUGCCUUGAAUUGCCGUAGUCUGCAUGCCGAUGAGGUUCCCCCCUCUGAGCCAAUGAGGAGCCGAGACCUGGAGCGAGAGAGCUGUGGGAGAGAGCUCAAACCCGCCCUCCACAGCGUGGACCAUCGGAAGCUGGACGAGAUGACCGCCUCCUAUAGCGACGUCACCUUGUACAUCGACGAGGAGGAGCUCUCCCCACCCCUUCCCCUUUCUCAGUCUGUGGACAGACCGUCCAGCACCGAGUCGGACUUGAGGCUGCGGUCUAUGAACUCUUCCCAGGAGUACUGGUCAAUGACUCACAAGGAUGACAAGAUGGACACAGACACUAGUUGCCGGAGCACCCCCUCCCUGGAGCGCCAGGAGCAGAGGCUAAGGAUGGACCAUUUGCCUCUGCUCACCAUAGAACCCCCAAGUGACAGCUCUGUGGACCUCAGUGAUCGCUCUGAGCGGGGCUCACUAAAGAGGCAAAACGCCUAUGACCGAAGCCUUAGCAACCAGCAAGGGAGCCCCAAGCACGUGUCCCACGGGAUCCCCGCCAAGAUCAUCCCCCGCGAGGAGCCAGAACCUCGGCACCGGCCCCCGCCCAUAGACAGUCACUUGGCCAUCAAUGGUACUGCCAACAGGCAGAGUAAGUCAGAGUCGGACUAUUCUGAUGGGGACAAUGACAGUAUCAACAGUACCUCCAAUUCUAAUGACACAAUAAACUGCAGCUCCGAGUCCUCCUCCCGCGACAGCUUGCGGGAGCAAACUCUGAGCAAGCAAACCUACCACAAGGAGACUCGCAACAGCUGGGACUCACCAGCCUUCAGUAACGAUGUCAUCCGGAAGCGCCAUUAUAGGAUCGGAUUGAACCUCUUUAAUAAGAAACCCGAAAAGGGAGUCCAGUACCUCAUUGAGCGAGGCUUCGUCCCCGACACACCCGUGGGUGUUGCUCAUUUCCUCCUUCAGAGGAAAGGUCUCAGCAGGCAAAUGAUCGGGGAGUUCCUGGGGAACCGGCAGAAACAGUUCAACCGGGAUGUUCUCGACUGUGUGGUAGAUGAGAUGGACUUCUCGGCCAUGGAACUGGAUGAAGCACUCAGGAAAUUUCAGGCUCACAUCCGAGUCCAGGGAGAAGCCCAGAAAGUGGAACGGCUCAUUGAAGCAUUCAGCCAGCGGUACUGCAUCUGUAACCCUGGGGUGGUGAGGCAGUUCCGGAACCCAGACACCAUCUUCAUCCUGGCCUUCGCCAUCAUCCUGCUCAACACAGACAUGUACAGUCCCAAUGUGAAGCCUGAGCGCAAGAUGAAACUAGAGGAUUUCGUGAAGAAUUUGAGAGGUGUGGACGAUGGAGAGGAUAUCCCAAGGGAAAUGCUGAUUGGCAUUUAUGAACGGAUCCGUAAACGGGAACUGAAAACCAAUGAGGACCACGUCUCCCAGGUCCAGAAAGUUGAGAAGCUCAUUGUGGGAAAGAAGCCGAUCGGAUCUCUGCAUCAUGGACUUGGCUGUGUACUUUCCCUACCCCAUCGAAGGCUCGUCUGCUACUGUCGGCUCUUUGAAGUGCCAGAUCCAAAUAAACCCCAGAAACUUGGAUUACACCAGCGAGAAAUCUUCUUAUUUAAUGACCUCCUUGUGGUCACCAAGAUCUUUCAGAAGAAAAAGAAUUCUGUGACAUACAGCUUCCGCCAGUCCUUUUCCCUUUAUGGCAUGCAGGUCCUACUUUUCGAGAAUCAGUAUUAUCCAAAUGGCAUCCGGCUCACAUCCGCCGUCCCAGGAGCAGACAUCAAGGUGUUGAUAAAUUUCAACGCCCCCAACCCCCAGGACAGGAAGAAAUUCACUGAUGACUUGAGGGAAUCCAUCGCAGAAGUUCAGGAAAUGGAAAAGCAUAGAAUAGAGUCGGAGCUUGAGAAACAGAAAGGAGUUGUCCGGCCCAGCAUGUCCCAGUGUUCCAGCCUGAAGAAAGAACCUGGCAAUGGGACUCUGAGCCGAGCCUGCCUAGAUGACAGCUACGCCACUGGUGAGGGCCUGAAAAGGAGUGCCCUCAGCAGCUCCCUCCGUGACCUCUCAGAAGCGGGGAAGCGUGGGCGUCGAAGCAGUGCAGGAUCGCUAGACAGCAAUAUGGAAGGGUCCAUCAUUAGCAGUCCUCACAUGCGCCGAAGAGCUACAUCAACCCGAGAGUGUCCAUCUCGCCCACACCAGACCAUGCCUAAUUCUUCUUCCCUCCUAGGCUCCCUGUUCGGUAGUAAGAGAGGGAAGCCGCCUCCUCAGGCCCACCCACUCUCAGGCCCUCCACCGCCCCCUCCUCACCCCCCAGGCAUCUCCCAUCAGCAACAUGCCUCCCAUCCUUCCAGCAGCCACCACCAGGGCCCCUCGGAGGGACAGACCCAAGCCCAGGUGCACACGCACCAUGCCCAGUACUGCCACCUGCAGCAGAACCCACCCCCCUACCACCACCACCACCACUACCACCCGCCUCAGCACACUCAGCACGCACACCAGUACCACCACGGCCCCCACGGGGGGCAUCCCCCCCACCCGCCCUAUGUGGCCCAUGCCCAUCCCCCACACACCCACCCCUCGCUGCCCCCAUCCCACGCCGGGCACUCGGCCCACUCUGGGCACACAGCGCACCACCACGGGCAGCAGUCUGCCCCUCCUCCUCCCACCAGCACGAAGCCCAAACACAGCGGCAUCAGCACAAUCGUCUAGGUAGCCAGGGGGGGAUGGGAAAGGGGGUCCCGGGACCCCUUGGGGACUGCAGCGCCCAUCUCGGACACAGAGGCACACCCAGUAGGCAGCCAGCAGCAUAGCAAAUCCAGGGUGGGUCGGUUUUCUUUUCUUUUAUUUUUUCCCUGGCCCUGGACUCAAGACAAUAUGAUUGAAUCCCAAAAGCUCACAAGGCUUCCAUUUUAGGAAAUGAAAUUCCUUUGAAUUUAACCUUGUCACCCCGGGCUUACUUCACCUCCACCUUUGGGAGGGCCAUCGUCAGUCGGCCUUGAAAUGGUGCCACCUGCCCCGUAGAUAUUCAACCGCCCCCAGCUCCCUGGCCCUUGUUGGUUUUAUAGGCCUAUGAAAACCCAACCUAAAAACAGAAGAAAUAUGCUCCAUACACACAACACACGCACACACAACUUGUUACAUUCUUGCUCUUUUAUUGACAAUGGGCAAAAAAUUAAGUAGACCUGAUAUGGUUGAUGAAAGUACGUAAGUAAACUUUAUAUAAUAUAAAUAUAUAUAAAUAUAUAUAUAUAUAUAUACAUACACACUGUAUAGGUAACGUUUGUGCGUGGAAAGCAAACUUUUCAGUUCACAAAACUUAGCAAUAUAGACUUUACAAGGAAUUUCCACUUACUUGAUAGACAGCACCCUAGCUGAGUAGUAUGUGAGAGAUUAGGCCAAAAACUUAAAUGCUAGAAACAAAUUUCAAAUGUUUCAGUAUUUUCAUAAAAGAGAGAGAGAGCGAGAGAGAGAGAGAGAAAGAGAGAGAGAAAGAAAAGUCCCCUUCGGGACUCAAGAAGAUCUCUAAGCAAUCAUUACUGAAUGUGCCAAGUUAACAUAGCAUCUAACUGUUUAAGUCCAAUAUUGCUUUGUAUAAAUCCUUAUUUUAUUAAUAAUAAUAUCCUAAGUAACCAGUAUUAUAACUGCUCUGGUAUUUCAGGUAAGCAAAACUAGUUAAGAUGCCGUAAACUCUACAGUAGCAACCCAGGAUGACCGGCUCAGCUUCGGUUGUCUUAGAACAUUGGUUACAAACCUCCUUAGACACUUUAAAGGCUGUAAUAACUGUGAAUUUACAUGAUCCACAUUUUUUUAUGUAUUUGAUUUAUUGAACACAAAAUUCAGUCAUGUGAGAGGUGCCCGUAGACAUGGCAGAAAGAUCCAUCUCCAACAUGAAAAUGACAGACACUCAUCCUUGUUUCCUUGACACCAUAACUUACUCAUUUUGUUUCCAAUUGCAUUGGGCAGAGAUGCCCCUAGAGCCCUGCUCUAGGACAUUUGUUUUAGGGUUUAGCAUUAUAGGGUGGUGUUUUUUUUUUAAUAACAAUUGUAAUUCCAUGUAGCCAUGUGCUAGCAAAACACCUGUUUCAUCAUUGUGACCCAUCUGACUUCUUAGCUGACAAGUACCCAGUACUCAGCAGGCUGAGUGUCCCCUGCCUCUCUCUCAUAGUCUGGUUAGCUGCAAAGACAUCACAUGAGAUCAAGCUGUGCUGUUGUUGCUUCUGUGUUGUAAUGAUGCCAUCUGCUAAUCUGUCCGAGAUUCCGCACAUCCAGAUUCUAUACUGAGUCAAACAUGGCACCUACUUUGUAGUUUCAGCCUCCACAGCUGCAAGUCCUUUACACCUAAGCAGUAGAAACAAGAACUACCCCCAUGGCACCAGCUAAAAUGCAAGACCCCUUUUAAAAAAAGAAAGAAAAAGUGGGGAGGAUGAGAAGUCCCUCUGUGGAAAUGUGGGGAACAUACAAAGGAGCCGGUGGCAGGGGCUGGUGCUGAGGCAACCCAAAGGAGAAGAGUGAAACCUUCUGUGUCGAAAAGUUCCUGGUUCCUGUCACUUGGGUCAUCCUCAGGUGUGGGAGGCAUUUGUUGAUUCCUCCAGCUUUUUUGUUGGUUCCUCACCCCUUUUUUCAUACCAUUGCUAUCACAAAAUCAGCAAAACUGCAAACUGAGCACUUUGAUGUUGUUUGUUCUCUAGGAAGAUUAACAAUCUAGAGUUUAGCCUUUAAAAAAAAUUAAAUCUGCCCACUCUCGUUUUCCUAUGUGUGUAAUACUUCUUUCUUUGCCAUCUUCUCCAAACUGCCCUUUUGUGAAAAGAGCGGUACACGUGUCCUCAAGAUUUAGUUUGGGCUGAGUUGGGAGGCUAUUCAGUUGCCAUUAAUUAACUCUUCCAAGAUUGUCCCAUUUACCUGAAAGUUGAACUUGUCCAAAUUCCCUUGAGGCUCUCUGUUCUUGCAAGUGAAAGGAUGUUGUUAUGAUAAGGGAAAUAAGAACUGUAUUGCAUGUCAUCUAACAUUAAUGGUGUGAGGCUACACUCUACAUAUUGUAUAUUUUCAAAAUAUAUUGGUGUUUACUGUUGAAAAUUAGUUGAAGUAAAGUGAUAACAUAUUAAAAUAUGUAGGCUUUUCUUCAUCCCACUGUACCAAUGGUAGAGUCUAAUUGUAACUUCUAGGUUGUUCCAGAAAAGAUAUGAAACUUUGGGUACAACAUUGUUCUUUCUCAAGUGGCAUCAGUAAAAAAAAACAAACCAACAAAACCAAAAAUAAAUCCUAUCCUCCACCGAUGUCCAUUCCCCUUAACCAAAGGAUACUUCUGCAUCAUGGUGCUGGAGUUGUCUUUGUUGUUCUGAGUUUUUUGUGAUCGUCUGUAUCCCCAAACUUUGAUGUGUGUUCUGAAGUUCUGCAUAUAAAGCGUGAGUCUAGGCUUUGUGCUAGGGAGGAACCUGCCAGGAGACGAUCAUUCAAAAGCCUUAAGAGGAGAAAUAUGACCAACAUGGGUUAAACAGUUAUCCUUCCCCUGAAGCUUUCACAAAAAAGCAUCUGAACUUUUCAUCUUUGUGUUUCCAAUCUUACCCAAGAUUUGGGUCAACAGGGAAACAGACUUUGUGCCAUUUGUGUUUUUAUAAGCUCAAGACUAGAAAAUUUUUUUUUAUAGGUAUUAUUGUCAGAGUGAGAAGAUCAGAGUUAUGCCUCCUGUUUUUACUUUAGGAAGUAAUGAAUGCUAACAAACUACUUUCCCAGAUGUCACACAGAGGUCUUUGGGACACCAUUGCUUUUAUAGAAUUGCAUUCCAACAUGUCAAAAUAAAUCACAGAUUAGUACUUAUGUGGAAAUACCAUCCGUCUUUGCCUUGAAUAGGAAGAUAGGACAUUGAUGAGUUGGUCUGUAAAAAUUUUCUCAUUUUGAGGCUGAGUUGGCUGUUGGGAUGAUUCUAGUCAUGCUUAUUGAAGAAGUCAAGUCAGGACACACUAGUAUCAUUUUUCAAAUCCCAUGAAUUGGUGCGAUCAUAUAAUCAACAUCAUGGCAAGACCCUUAAGGAAAACAGCUGGUAACAAAAAAAAAAUCUUUUCUGGGACAACAAUCAAAUAAUGUAUUUGUAUUUUUUUAAGUUUAUGAAUGAAAUGUACAUCAAUGUAAAAAAUAAAGUUUGUCCUAAUAUAAUGUACGUCUUGCUAAAAAGUAAUCAGACAUCCAGUGUAGUUUUUUCCCAUCAUGAACUGCAUGCAGCAGAAGCCUCUUGUUUCUCAUUAAAAUGAGCUAAAAAGACAGUUGGCAAAUAUUUAAACAAUGACUCUCUACAUGUUGACUUGCCGUUCCAUAUGAAGCUGUGUUUUUUACAGUUUAAGCAUGCUAUUUUCGUUGUAAAAUACCAUCACCCUUUCUGCCUGAAAAAUGAGUAAUUGUAUAUAUAUUAACAACAAUAACAAAGGAACCAAUUAUAAGAUUACUUUGAGUGAAAUGGGGUGGUGAAAAUGGGACCAAGUAGGAGGAAUAGAUAAUUCUCUCAACUUGUACAUAGUGUGUAAAUUAGUAUUACUCUUAAGUCUGCAUUCAUUUUGAGGUUAUAUACAGUACCUAUCUCCUCUUAAGCACCAUAAUUCAGCUUUGAACUAUAUUAAAAUUUGUUAGAACUAGAUCUUGAAUGCAGACUGUUAAAAGACUUCCAAGGCCAUCUUGCUCAAAAGAAGCUUCUGCUCUAUUGAGGCCCAGAAACCCAUUCAUUGACUGUGUAACUCUGGAGAGGAAAGGAGUGCUUUCGUUUUAAUAUGCAUUCUGUCUGUAAGUAGUAACAGACCCUAUCAGUGUAAAACUAUAACUGUGAUCAUGUGAAAAAAUCAAAUAAAUCAUUUAAAACA